AUGGCCCGCAUACAUCUGGCAUGCGGUCCUGCUGGCCGACGCGGCCUCGUUCGCUUUCCAUUCUGGCUCCUGCUCCUCCCGGCCCUCAUCGCCCUCCUCUCCACCCCAGCCACAGCCGCCGGCUCGGACUGUGUCCGCUUUGCAGACCACGAGUCGCUCAACAAGAUGUUCAGCGACGGCGGUCCAGGAACAAAAGUCUUUCUGUGUCCCGGGAAAACGUACCGUCUCUGGGGCACCGUAGUCUUCACCGCCGCCGACCAGGAGCUCGCGACCCUUGGUUAUCCGUCGGGCGACCAACGCGCGACACUCAGCAUCGACGACAAGGACAUCGCGACAGCCGUGCAGGGCGACUGUAGGCGAUGUGCACGCGUCUCUGUCCGCAACCUCAUCAUUGACGGUGCUCGCACACGGUUCGGACGCGUCGGGCCCAAGGCUACGUCCCCCGGCCUCGUCGUCAUUGGCGGCAACGAGGGCCAGGCCAUCCGCGAGUGCCAUCUCAAGGACCCGCGUGGCUGGACCGCCAUCCACGUCCGCGAAGGAUCAAAACUCCAAUGCACCGGCGCCAUCAUUGAGCGUAACGAGAUCGGCCCCGUCGGCGAAGAGUAUGAUCCCGAGGUGGACGGCCCCGACCCCGAGCUGUCCCCCCGCGGCCGGCCGCUCGCCGACGGUAUCUCCAUCGCGUGCCGUGACUCGGUCGUGAGCGACAAUACAAUUUGGGACUGCACCGACGCCGGAAUCGUCCUGUACUGUUCUCCCGGCACAGUUGUGGCUUCUAACCGCAUCUCGACCAUCUCCCAGAGCGCCAUCGGCGGCAUUCUCAUGGUGGACGCCACACCGUUUGACGGCGACUACAAGGGUCUCGUCGUUCGUGACAACAAGCUCGACGCAGUGGGCCGUGCCAUGCGUGUCGGUGUUGGAGUCGGCCUUAGCAUUCUGUCAGACGACAUUGAGACCCUCCUAUAUGGCGGAUCGGUGCUGCGCAACUCCCUCACCGGACAGUACAUGGGCUUUGGAAUCGCCGCGUCGGGUCUUGAGGGAUGGACUAUCAAGGACAACUGGUCCAAGGCUCGACACCAGGGCAAAAAGUCCCCCCGCUGCUUUGACGACCCCGUCAACCCCGACCCCAUCGCCUUCCUGUACAACGGCCCCACGGUCGAGAAGAGCGACAUCCAAAAGGAGUUUGUGGACCACGACUUUGCAUAUGUUAUCGGGCAACCACUCGACUGGCCCAUCAAGCCUAAACCUAUCGUGGCGGAGCCUGAGCCCGAGCAAGUCCCACUGCAAGAGCCUGUGGAGCUCGAGCCCGAGGAGGACGAGAUGGAGGAGACUGGCGACGACGCAUUAGAUGGUAUUCUGCAACACAGCCAGCAGCGUAUGCUCGAAAGCAUUGAAGCGCUCGGGAAGCGCGUCGAGGACGCUCUUGGCGCUGGAUCCAGCCUGCGCAGUGCCAUGGCGGACGUGGACGAGAACGACCUCGACGAAACAGCCCUCAAGAGCGUCACAGCACGUCUGGAGGCUCUCGAAAAGCAGCACACCACUCUACAGGUAGACGUGCAGAAGCUCAGUAAAUCCUUGAAGGCGUUGGUGCAGGAGGCGGCCGAUUUGAUAAUGCACGAGCACGACUCCCUCCUCCAGAUCCAGGACCUCUUCUACGAUGGCUGGCUCGAGGCCGGCCACGUCCCCGCGGACAAGCUGGCAGCCGACACCACCAAGCCGCCCCCACAAGCUGAGGAGGGCGAGGCAGACGACACCGACGAUGACGACGACGAGGACAAUUGGCCAUUAUGGCCCGUCCCCGUUGUCGUUGGUGUGGUGCUUGUCGGUCUCUGGUGGCGCGUGAAGAGUAAAAGACGGGAGCACGACAAGAUUGUCUAG